CCCGCCCAUUGAUAGCUCGGCGCUCCGCCGCUCCCGCAGGCGGGAUUCCGGGCGGCCGCCCUGCCGCUGGAGACACGCGCGUCCGCGAGCCGAGGCGACGCCGCGCCCGGCCGGGGCUGGGCCCGCCCCGCGCUGGCAGCGCCCCUGUGCGCCCUACGGUUGCUGCGCGCACGAAGGGCCAUGGCGCCUCCGCGCUGCUCGUCCGCGCCCCGCUGCCCGGCCCGGCCCGUGCUGGAGGUCAGGAAGAAGCCGCUGUCCCGCGAGUGACUCCAGGCGUCAUGGCAUCCGGCUGCCCGCCUCCCUUCGGCGACCCGGGGGAGAUGAGGGAGGGCUUCCUGUGCCCCCUGUGCCUGAAGGACCUUCAGUCUUUCUACCAGCUCCAGGCGCACUACGAAGAGGAGCACUCCAGUGAGGACAGAGACGUCAAAGGGCAGCUCAAAAAUCUAGUCCAGAAGGCCAAAAGAGCAAAGAAGAAAUUGCUGAAACGAGAAGAUGAUCGAACUGAUUCGGGGUCUCAGGAACGAUAUGAGUCAUUUAGCUAUGGUGGAGUAGAUCCAUACAUGUGGGAGCCCCAAGAACUAGGUGCUAUGAGAAGCCAUCUUUCUGAUUUCAAGAAACACCGAGCAGCCAGGAUUGAUCACUAUGUAGUUGAAGUUAAUAAGUUAAUAAUCAGGUUAGAAAAGCUUACAUCGUUUGACAGAGCAAACACAGAGUCAGCUAAAAUAAGAGCUAUAGAAAAGUCUGUUGUGCCUUGGGUCAGUGACCAGGAUGUUCCAUUCUGCCCAGACUGUGGCAAUAAGUUCAGUAUUCGAAACAGACGUCACCACUGCCGCCUUUGUGGGUCUAUCAUGUGCAAGAAAUGCAUGGAACUUGUCAGUCUUCCUUUGGCAAGCAAACUCACCAGUGCCAGCAAAGAGGCCUUGGGUUCUCAUACUAGCCCGAACUCCUCACCUAAUAGUGUCCAUGGCUCCCGCCGUGGCAGCAUUAGCAGCAUAAGCAGCGUGAGCUCAGUUCUGGAUGAGAAAGAUGAUGACAGGAUCCGUUGUUGUCAGCACUGCAAAGACACCCUGCUCAAAAGAGAACAACAGAUUGAUGAGAAAGAAUACACCCCAGAGAUUGUGAAACUCUAUGAGAAACUCCGACUGUGCAUGGAGAAGGUUGACCAGAAAGCCCCUGAAUACAUAAGGAUGGCAGAAUCACUAAAUGCUGGGGAGAUGACCUAUAAUCUUGAACAUGCUAAUGACUUGAGGGUGGAGAUUCAAAAAGUGUAUGAGUUGAUAGAUGCUUUAAGUAAGAAGAUUUUGAGUCUGGGCUUGCAUGAAGAGCCCCAACCCCAUCCUAAAAUACUGCAACUUCAAAGAAUGAUAAGAUACUCAGCGACGCUUUUUGUUCAGGAAAAACUCCUUGGUCUGAUGUCCCUGCCAACCAAAGACCAGUAUGAAGAGUUGAAGAAGAAAAGAUUGCAUAUGGUGGCUCUUGAAACGUGCAGAAAACAAGAGGAAAAGCAGAAAGAUUUGAUCUCCAGAUCUGCAGCUGCAGUUAAUGGUGACGCAACUCAUCCGAAAAAAGGAACAGUAAGGAAAUCCGAAGGCUGGUUACCCACAUCUAGCAUAUCUCGAGAGAGAGAGAUAGCAGACCCACUUCUUCAGCAGAUUGACAAUAUCACAUCCUUUAUUAAGCAAGCAAAGGCAGCUAAUCGGAUAGAUGAAGUCCAUAUGUUGCAAGAGAACCUGAGACAGCUUCAGGAUGAGUAUGAUCAACAGCAGACUCAGAAAGCUAUUGAGCUUUCUAAAAAACAGGCAGAAGAGGAAGAAAUGCAGAGGGAGGAACUUCAGGUUCUUCGUGAAAAAGAGUGGGAAAGAGAACACCACAAAGUCAUGUCUCAGCACUCAAGGACACGCUCCUUAGACUUCAGAGAAGUCAAGCAGCAUCAGCAUGAAGCCGAAAAAGAGAAUCAGAACUUGAUAGCACAUGCAUUGGAUUUGGAUAUUACUCAGAUCAAAAGGAACCCAAGUUUUAAAGCUCCUGUUGUUGAAGAGCUGCCAGCUAAAGAGCACUUGAUCGUCCCGGUCAGACCCCAGAAUGUCCCACGGUGUGAUAGAGGCAAAGACCAAAAUCAGACAGCAUCUCUAAACCCCUUUGAAGAUGAUGCAGAUACUCCUCAAUUAGAGGAAGACCCUGCUAAUCUAUUUGCCAAAGGCGCUUCUCAAAUGGCUUCUUUUUCUAACACAGCUUUGCAGAGUGACAAAAAGGAAUAUAAUCCAUUUGAAAAUGAUGAGGAGGAUGAACAAACUAAUGGAGCAGCCGUCAGUACUUCAAAUCCCUUUGAAGAGGAUGGAAAUACAUUUCAAAAGCCUGGGGACAGAUGGAAUUCUGGGAAUCCAUUUGAAGAGGGAUCCUCUACCAAUCCCUUUGAAGUGGACGAUGACAAUGAGCUCUCAGGAGAGGAGGUUAUUGAGGAAGAACUGCUUCUCCAACAGAUAGAUAAUAUCAAAGCUUAUAUAUUUGAUGCCAAACAUAGUGGACGAAUGGAUGAGGUGGAGGUAUUGACAGAGAACUUGAAGGAAUUGAAGCGCACGUUAGCAAAGCAGAAGGAGAAAUCAAACUGCUGAGGCAGCAACAGGGUCAUGUAAUGAUUGUUUUAAGUCCACUGUUUAAACAUGUGAAGGUGGAGCAGAUAAUUGUAAAGAGGAAUAUAGGUUAUGAGAGGGAAUUGUAGAAUCUUGAGUUUUACGCACUUUCAUUUAGGCAUUUCCACUACUACUCAGUCUUGGGGAAUGAAAAUUGAGGAAUGCUGGCAUGCUGCUGGUCUUGAACACUUUUAGUAAGAAAUUAUUUUAAAAUAAUUUGUUACAGUCUUUUUUAUGCUGACUGGUCUUAUCAUGUGCUUAUUUCGGUCAAAAUGGUUGAGUGCUAAUUGGGAAUCACAAUUUGGAAAUGGUCGCAAGGUUGUCUUGUCAUCUUUCCUUCUCCUUUCUGUCACAGAAUUAUUGUAGUAGUUGUAGUAUUGGCCUUUCAAAAGGAGACCAAAACUUUUCUGAAGUUUCUGUGCCUCAGGUAUCCUCUGAUAACAACAGUGCAGGUGUUACAGGCUAACUUAAUUGCCUUAAUGUGUUAAGCCGUUAAAAGGCUACUGAUUCUUUGAGCUGCAGGAUAUUACAGGCUGCAGAUGAAUUCUGUGCAAUGCUAAUACAUAAAAGGGACUUCAAGACUAUAAAAAGAACUUGAAAACUGAUCUCAUAUGAGUAACUCUUCUGUGUUUAUAAAAAUUCCCAGGUAAACUUUGGAGGCUGCCUUUUCAUCGCUUCUAGCUUCCCAGAUGCUCUGGGCACAGGUUACAGGGUAAUAAAGCAAGCUAUGCCAUGGUCAGAGACCUGCUUGUGUGGGAACGAGUAUUUAAACACUCAUUUCCAGCAAAAAGAGCAUCAGGCUAGUACCACUUCAAAACAUAGUAUCAAGGGUAACCUUCCAAUUCCUAGUUAUCUGAUGGAACCUGCACAUUCCUUCGUAUUCUCUGGGUGACAGAAUGAUCAUGUUUCCAGUAUCCGUGAGACUGGAACCCUCUGUGCUUAGCAUUCAAGGAAAAGAAAUCUUGUUUACAAGGGAAAGCUGAAGUGCCACUAAACUGGAAUUCUGUGGAAGUUGGAGGACAAAGUCUGUGGCUGUGAUAGUACCAAAAGGCAGUUCUAUUUUAUAUUUAAUUCCUCUUAGAAGAAACUAUAAGCAUGUCUGUCUUAAAUAAGCAGCUCCAAAUCAAGAGCCUUGCUUAUGGUUUGUGAUCCAGGGUAUGACUGUGGGUGAAGGUCAGUGCCUGUGAUGCACAAGGGCUUAGAGCUGGGCAUCUGAAGAUUAGUAUCUAAAAAUGUAGGAUCACUUCAGUGACAGGUGAGCCUGCAUCUUUGCAAAACACUGAGCCUGAGCUGCUUUGAUUUUUGUCCUUGAAAGUCAGAGCCCCAUCAUCAGACAUCAGUGUUUGAAAGGGUGAUGGGGAGGGGUUAGCCUAAAGGGUGUACUUAUUUAAAGUUGAAAUAGAGGAAAAUCGGGCAGAUCACACUAUAUAGCACUAAUACCAUUAGGCUUACUCAGGAGUGCAAACUCUUAUGGAAUGGGACAUUGCUUUUAACUAUGCCUCUGAUAAUACAUGAAUAGCAUAGCUAUAGUCCAAGCAUUGGAUAGGAUUUUAGACACAAAACAGUUGUACUACCUAAACAGUAGGAACUGUAGUUUUAUUUUGUUGUUAAUAAGCGGACGUAGGGACUUCUAGAAUUUCCAUAAAAAUUCAUAUCCUCACUUAGUGACACUAAUAACUGAUCAAAAUAACUUAGAGCAGACACUUAAGGACAACUGACCUUCAUACUAGUAGCCUAAGUCUGAAGCUGUAAGGUAUGCAGAACUGGUUGUCUUGAUUAAAGGCAAAUUCCUAACGCUUUUAUACUGAAAUAUCUUUAAUUACAGAUCAGUGAGCCCUUGAGUGUUAUUUUGCACUAAGUGAAAUGAAGAACAGAGGACUCUGAUUUGUAAACAGAGAGAACUCAACUACUGAACGGUGGCACGAGGUUUAUGAAGGCAGCAGGAAUAUGUGUUAACAAAGCUAAUCUUAAUCCCUGGAAUUUUUUGUUUUAAAAGAACUACUAUAAAAUAGUUAUUUAAGACAGAUCUGUUUGCUAGUCAAGAAAAUUAUUCCCUGCAUUAUAUCUCAGAACAUCUUUUGGUCUCAACAUGAAACGAAUAUUUCAGUGGCUUCAGCUUGUACAUUAAAAAGUGUUUGUUUUUUUUCCCCUUGUUGCAAAUAUCCUGCCUUGUUUAUAUUUUACAGUCUAAUACACUAAUAAAUUAUCCUUAUUGUAUAUGUAAUAAUUUUUACAAGCAGAUAAAAGACUAGCAUACCUCAUGAUCUUUGUCAGUGUUAAGUGAUAUACUAGACAUCUAACAUUAAAGUCAUAAGACUCCAAAGGGAAAACCUUAUGCUGGUAUUUGGACUGCUGUGGAACUUACAAGGCACAAUAAAAUGAAGACAUCUUAACUAUAAAGCUAAGUAACUAGCAUUGACAUUUGUUAAAAUUGCAUGCACUACUCUGGAAACUUUGUAAGAGACGAAAUAAAAUAACAUGUUUAUUUUG